AUGACAUUGGUUAUCAGAGAGAGGAGACACAAACAAGCUCUAAUGCUUUCCUUACCAAAACCACAUUCAGAUUUUCCAUUUCAAACACACAUACCAGCAGUGCUGCCAUCCCCAUUUUCCCAUGUAGAUUCUUCUCCAGGCAUCAUCAAGGACCUUUCAGACCUUGAGAAACUAGCAGUUCUUGGCCAUGGCAAUGGCGGCAUAGUCUACAAAGUUUAUCACACGAAGAACCGUUCCUUUUAUGCAUUGAAGGUCUUACGCUUGAAUGAGAAUGGCAUCGGCAUCCUCGAGGCCGAGAUUCUAAAACGAGUGAAUUCGCCGUAUAUAGUAAGGUGUCAUGCAGUUUUUGACAAUGACAACUGCAGUGAGGGUGACAUUGGCUUUGUCAUGGAAUACAUGGAAGGAGGAUCGUUGCACGAUGUGUUGCAAGAACACCACAGGCUGCCAGAGGAGGUGAUCUCGGUGUUGGCUAAGCGUGUUUUGGAAGGACUUAACUAUCUGCAUGGCAUGCACAUCGUCCAUAGAGAUAUUAAACCCUCAAACUUACUUGUGAAUGACAAGGGUGAGGUGAAGAUUGCUGAUUUUGGAGUAAGUCAUGUAGUGGAAGGAAAGUUUGAGGUAAGCGACUCCAAUGCAGGAACAUGUGCCUAUAUGAGCCCGGAAAGGAUUGAUCCGGAUAGAUGGGGUGGUGAAAAUGCAGACGAGUUUGCAGGAGAUGUGUGGGCAACGGGAGUGGUGAUGUUGGAAUGCUUUUUGGGUUAUUUUCCGUUGAUCGGUCCAGGGCAGAGACCAGAUUGGGCAACUUUGAUGUGUGCAAUUUGCUUUGGUGAGAAGCUGGAGAUGCCAGAAAAAGCAUCGCCAGAGUUUCAAAAUUUUGUGAGGAGGUGUCUUGAGAAGAAUUGGAGAAAGAGAGCAACAGUUUUAGAGCUUCUUCACCACCCUUUUGUGGGUAGAAACUGUUGCUGUUCCAGUACAGGGCUUGGAGAUUAUGUUCUUCGGGGUCAAGUUCACUAG